AUAGAUAGAUAGAUAGAUAGAUAGAUACUUUAUUGAUCCCGAGGGAAAUUCAAACACAGCAGGUAACUAAUGUUGUAGAGUGUGUAACAUGAUGUGUGUGUGUGUCAUUUAAAGAUGUCAGUGCCGUGUGUGUGUCUGUUCUGUGGAGGCACAGAGUCAAAGGAAGCUCCGGGCUGUUUGUGAGACGUUCUUCGAGCUCAUCAGACUCAAAAUAAUAAUGCUUGAAGGCAAAAGGAAAGCAAAUUCAUUCGAGGUGAAAAGAUAGGAAGCAAGCUUUUUUAUAUAUUUUGCAGACAGUUUGUUGCAUCACAGUAAGAAUGAUGGUGAAUUCAACUUUACAUUACUUCAUUUUUAGCACGUACAUGUCUGUAGGCUCUUUGAAAUACUUGUAUUUCCUGUUAACUGCAAUGUUGUACAUGCUAAUCGUGUUUGUCAACGUAUUUCUCAUCGUGCUGAUCUGCAUGAACAGAAGUCUUCAUGAACCCAUGUACAUCUUCCUGUGCAGCCUGUUUGUGAACGAGCUGUACGGCAGCACAGGUUUGUUUCCUCUCCUCCUGGUUCAGAUUCUCUCAGACGUUCACACUGUGUCUGCUCCUCUCUGUUUCCUGCAGAUCUUCUGCUUGUACACGUAUGCUCAGGUGGAGUUCUGUAAUCUAGCCGUCAUGUCUUAUGACAGGUAUCUGGCUAUCUGUUGCCCUCUGCAGUAUAACACACUCAUGACGUUUAACAGGGCAGUUACUUUAAUAGCUGUGAUAUGGAUUUACUCCUAUGUAAAAUUCUUGAUUACUUUAUUUUUAAGCAUCACUUUGCCACUUUGUGGAAACAUAAUUAACAGUUUGUAUUGUCACAACUAUCUUGUUGUGAAGUUAGCUUGUUCUGACAUUCAGGUGAAUAACAUUUAUGGAAUCUUUGGCACAGUUCUGACCAUCUUAGUCCCCCUGCUGCCAAUUCUUUUCUCUUACACUAAAAUCUUGCAGGUGUGUUUCUCUGGUUCCCAACAGACCCGACGAAAAGCUGUCAGCACCUGCACGCCUCACCUGGCCUCGCUCAUCAACUUUUCUUUUGGUUGUAUGUUUGAAAUACUUCAGAGUAGAUUUAAUAUGGCCAGCGUGCCGAGCAUUGUACGCAUCAUUCUGUCACUGUAUUUCCUCCUCAUUCAGCCGCUUCUGAACCCUGUCAUGUACGGCAUGCAGCUGUCAGGAAUACGAAACACAUGUAAACAUCUUCUGAGUUUUAAAAUCAAGGCGGGAUGUAAGUGUCAGAGCUAAAGGUAAAGACUGUGUAAUAUCUUGAAUAAAAUGAUAAAAAUCACUGCAGAAGAAGAGAUUCAUCAGCUCAAGUGAAGUGCAAUAAAAGUGACUUUUAAAACAGAGAAAUGGGACUGGAGGGCAGAUUGAAUAUGUUCAACAUAUUUAUUGUUUCCAGAUGACAAACCUCCUGAAACUUCAAUGAUUUCUUUUUUAAUGUGGUGUUGUAAAUAUAAUAUCCAAUCAUGUCAUCUUACAUCUAUCAGGUUUUCAUUGGAUCAGUAAAAUCUUUACCAACUCUCUGUGUGCCUCGAGAAGUUCUGUCUGAGGAUUUAAAAACUAACAUGUAAUUCAGGGCGCACUCACACAAGGCCCAGUUAUCAAAACAAAGUUACAUCCUGCUCAGGGGUAAAUAAAGAGCAAGUGAAUAAAGGCCACAAUGUAAAGGAUGACAAAAACAAUGAAUCACUUUUUACGACUUUAUCACCGAUUCAUAACAAAUAUUAUCUGAAGACACUUUACAAAGAGCAGGUCAAAGACCUCACUCUGUGGUCGGAAAAUGUCCAGAACUAUUGGAGAAAAACCACAACACUGGUCCAGGAGGUGUGGAUGAGAUUCGCCUCAGGCUCUACAAAUUGUUGUGCUGUCUUGGAUGAAACACCUCUUCAGAGUCUUGUGGAGGUCUUGGACAGCGCCCGUGGAGUGGGAGACCUGGGUGGUGGUUCUAGUUUUUCAAAAGGGGGACCUGAGGGUGUGCUUAAAUUAUCUGGGUAUCAGACACGUAGGGCCUUUGUUUAUAAUAAGACAAAGAGAAGGCCACCAAUCCAGCCAACUGAUUAAAAUAUAAAAGGAUAUCAUUUGGAUAGGCGCCUUCUAACAGCUACCAAAAGUAGUGGUACACCCAGGCGUCAGUUCAACGUUGGUAUCAGCCAUUAUCGACCCUGUUCACAUAAACAUUGAAAGUGAAAGAUUCAGCCACGUGCAGCUUACCCUGAACAUUUCAGGUUUUCAUGAGUUUUGCUCAGUGGUGCAAACGCUCCUAUUUAGAAACCAAUGUAUCUAAAACCAUGAUGAUCAUUGAUUUUAGGAGGAAGCCUUUAACUGUUACCCCCAUCUCAAUGAAUGGGCAGGCUGCUGAGGUGGUGAUUCAGCUCAAAUACUAUAAUUAAAGACAAUCUCACAUGUGAAGCCAACACUGAUGCUGUAUGUGCAAAGACACAUCAGCGUAUGUAUUUUGAUCAAUACUGUGGAAUUUUAACGUCAAUCGUUUAUGAAAAUGUUAUAUUCUUGUUUUACUGAGUCUGUUUUAACCUUCUCUUUUAUCUGCUGGUUUGGAUCUGUUAAUUUGAAAAAGAGGAAGUGGGUGACACAAAUUGUGAGAAUGUGUAGUCAAAUAGCUGUCUCUAGCUUUGAUGAAAUUGCCCUUUUAUGGAGAGUAAGAGCUACAAAAAAAGCACAAGGUAUCCUUGGGGACUACACUCACCCCCUUCCCUUUACACAGAAUACAAGCUGCUGCCAUCUGGUCUCAGAUACCCUUUGCCUAGGUGCAGGACUAACAGAUAAA